UUCCUGUGCACGAUGACCGCUCUGGUUGACGUACGCCUGCUGGUCCUGCCUGCCACUUAACCAGGAACUCCUUGGCGUCAGAGGAAAACCGCUUCCAGCUCCAACAGGUGUCUUUCGGGUGUCCGACCAUGUCUGCGAAAGCCUGUCAGGAAACCGCUGAACACUCCGGCCAGCUCAAGUUCUUCUCUGCUCUGUUUUACGCCGGCAGUUCGUUUCUCAUCACGGUGGUGAAUAAAACCGUGCUCACGAGCUUCAGGUUUCCCUCCUAUAUGUGUCUGGGAAUUGGCCAGAUGAUCAUCACUGUUGUUGUCCUUUAUGCUGCCAAAAUGAGCAAAACAAUCCAAUUUCAAGAUUUCGACAGGAGUAUUUUCUUAAAAAUCUUCCCGCUUCCUUUGCUGUAUGUUGGGAACCACAUAACAGGGCUGGCGGGCACCAAAAAACUCAGUUUACCCAUGUUUACGGUAUUACGGAAAUUCACCAUACUGAUGACCAUGAUUUUAGAAGUAUAUAUACUGAGAAAAACGUUUCCUAAACACAUUGUGUACUGUGUUGUGGCCAUAGUCCUUGGUGCCAUAGUUGCUGCAAGUUCUGAUCUGGCCUUCGAUGUGGAGGGAUACAUGUUCAUCCUGCUCAAUGAUGCCUUCACUGCCGCCAGCAGUGUGUACACCAAGAAGAACCUUGGCUCUGAGGGUCUUGGGAAAUAUGGUGUCUUAUUUUACAAUGCACUAAUCAUAACCAUCCCCACUCUCUUGGCAAGUGCAUUUACUGGAGAUUUGCACAAGGCAGUCACAUUUGAGGACUGGAUUCAAGUCACCUUUAUUUUAUGUUUCCUCAUGUCCUGUUUUAUGGGGUUUGUGCUGAUGUAUUCCAUAGUCCUGUGCAGCUAUUACAACUCCGCCCUUACUACGACAGUAGUGGGAGCAGUAAAGAAUGUUGCAGUAGCCUAUAUUGGCAUUUUUGUGGGUGGAGACUACCUGUUCUCUUGGACCAAUUUCCUCGGCCUCAGCAUUUGCAUGUCAGGUGGACUAGCAUACUCAUAUCUCACCUUUAUCACCAAAUCACCUAGAAGUAAUACAGAAGAAGCACAAGAGUUGAAGAUUCAUAUUACAGAAGACUCAACAGGGAUACUAAGGGGGAGCUAGUUUCUAAUGGAAACUAAAUGGACAGUUUUAACAUUCACCACUUGGUGGCACUUUUCUGCUCCAUAUUGGAGCAUAGUGUUGCUUCUACAUUUACAACUUUGUAUUAAUUUAAAAUAAAAUUACAAAUACAUUA